GCUAAUUUAUUUAGUUUUAUAUGAGGGUUUUUGUCGUAUUACCGUGAUGCACCCCACGGCCAGCCAGAAGGUGAUGAGACGAGCCGCUUCUCUCGGCACCGCCGGGGACUGUGGACCGCUCUCCGGUCGGCCCUGUCCGGGGUUACAGAUACCGGGAGGAAGGCUGGCCGGAGUCAAGCCGGUUUUUCAAGUUCAUACAUUAAGGAGAAGAUGCCCUCUGAGCGACUCCAGGGACCGAAAGGAUUCCACCUGGAAUGUGGAGGGGGCUGCUUCCUCCUUCCUGGGCAGAGAGGCGUCUCCGUUGUCCCGGCUGGGCGGCUCCGAUAAUAACUACCCAGAGAAAGACAUCUCUGAGAGACGCUUUCGGUUGGAUAAGACAUGGAAGAAUGACAGCAGGAUGUAUCCCAAGUGUGAUUUCCGAGAUGAGCGUCCCAUGAAGCCUAACGGCUCCAUCCCUCCCCUGCCCAGAGACUACCAGAUCCACCGGUCGGGCCACCUCCACCACUAUACCCUCCACAAGGAGCUUUCCCAUGCCCCUGCUCGCCCCUGCGCCUUUGGCUCUUAUGACCUGCGGUCAGUUCCUGCCAUCCUGCUGCCAGCUGCAGCCUCGCUCAAUGGAAGAAACCCCUUCUCUACAGAAGUCUACAAGAACAGAACAAGAGUAAAUAACAGAACCUGCAGUCUUUUCACAAUAGGAGCUAAUCAGAAAUCCCAGUCAUACCCAGACCCGGUAAGCGGAGCCCCGUCAGCCUCAAUCAUCCAGAGACUGUCUGAGAUCGCUUCUCUGGAGGGAGAGACGGUCAGGCAGGAGAAGAUCAAGAAGAUUAAGAAGAACAGGAGACAGGACUCCUGACACAACCUGUCUAUCAGCCAAUCAGAGAGCAGAGGUCACAGUUCAAGGCUGUGACCCCAUACGCAGUGCCAAUGCCGCCUGAACAAAGAAAACACUUAGGGAAAUAUAAACCUUUUUCUUGUUUAAAUAUAAUCUAACUUUGUAAAAGCUUGUUGGUGCUAUGUAAUAGCAAAGUGUAAUUCAAUAUUUUGACUUAUACUACUGUUCAAAAUUUGGGGUCACUUAGACUUGUCCUUGUUUUUGAAAUUAGAAAAAAAAAAAAAUUGUCCAUUAAAAUAACAUUGUA